ACGGAUGUAUCUCGCGUUCGUCGUCUGUUGUUCAAAUGUUGAAUUUUAUUUUUCUCAUCAGCGAAUACUAAUCGUGUCGUCGUCGUUGUUGUAGAAACAAAAAAAAAGUUUGAUACUUGAAAAGAUUAAAUUGUGAACAAAGUUAUUGAAAUUGUGACCUCCAAUUCAAAACUGCCUCGAUUAUGAAAGGCUGGUUCGAUGCGUUCCGUGACGAUGGAGCGCCCACUUUAUAUUCCUUCUCGAAUCGUACUCCCGUGACGGGCGACGUCUCCCUCGUUGCCGUUUGCGUCCUUUUUGCCACAUUAUAUUUAGCAUUUUUAGUCAUAUUUCCCGGAGUGCGAAAGCAGAAAUUUUCCACAUUUGUCACAGUUACGCUCAGUUUAUUCGUGGGACUCGUGAUUCUCGUGACACGUCUCGGCUCGUCAUGGCACGUGGCCCAAACGAACAUUGUGGCGCCUUACAAAGCAUUUUCGCGGGAGAAAUUAGCGGCGAAAUUGGGAGCUCAUAUUGGAUUGAUGCAUAUCAAUGUAACGUUAACAGCAUUGCCUUUAGAUAACAUGACACAAACAGAUAUCGAUUUCAACGAAAGAUUUACCUGGGAUGCCGCGAACGACAUGGAAAAUUGCUACAAAAAAGCCCUGAAACGUGGAUUGCCGUAUCCCAUCUUGACCAUUGCUGAGUAUUUUAGCUUGGGACAAGAAGGAUUUUCAUGGGGAGGACAAUAUCGAGCAGCUGGUUAUUACGCGAGUAUUCUUUUAUGGGCUUCACUUUCUUCGUGGCUCCUUAUGAACUUGUUACUCAUCGCUGUGCCACGAUAUGGCGCUUACAUGAUGACGUUAACGGGAUUAUUGCUGCUCGGAACUGCAUUCGGUUAUUAUAUGAUGGUCCCGAAACGCCCUUUGGUGAUCGUCAUUGAAGGCAGUCGCAUCUUUUUCCACUUUGGUUGGUGUUUCUGGCUCGUAAUUGUCGCGGGAGCUCUAAGUUUCUCCGUUGGCUUUAUCAUUUCCAUCAUCGACCUGAUCUGGCCACAUCGAUUUACGACAAUUUUGGAGGUUUAUUAUGACACGCCAUACGAUCGACAUGUAAUUCUCGAGGAAUCGCAUGAUGUUCGGUACCGCAAACGUAACAGCAAAGGUGGUUUGGAGGAUCCUCCGAGUUUGGGAACGAGGAUUUUGAGACGUCUUUCGUCGAAGGCCAAUCAACUUCCCACAGUCAAUGAACAGUCAGCGUUCGAUAAUCGCGGCUUCCAAAACGAAGUGCCAAAAUCUCCGUGGCGUUAUCCGUUCAGUAAUCGCCGGCCAUUUGCACCUGCGCACAUGCAGAGAUCCAUUUCGCAAGAUUCCACGUCGAGUAUAGCGUCUUAUGCGCAAUCAGCCACUGUUCAAUUGCAAACACCGCCACACGGAAAGUCUCUUCACAAAAUGGUUACAUCAAGAAAUUUGCCUAAACCACCGAUGGAACGUAUGGAGUCAACACAAAUCACUGAUCUGAGCAACAGCAAUUGGUGAUUGUUGGAUGCGUCACCGGCAUGUUUUUAACUUUAGGAUUUUUAAUUUAUUUGAUUAGUUUUUAAGAAGAAUCUUCACUGUAAAAAAAAAACCGCAAAAUUUUAUUAGCUCAAACUUUUAUUCUCUGUUUUUAAUUUCUCAAAAAAAAAAAAUAUGUGUAAAAAAUACCAACAAAAAAAAAUAGAAACGUAAUUUUAUUAAGUGAUGAACUUUUUGUGAUAAUUAUGACUAUUGAACUUUAUUAAGUAUUAUUUAAAGCGAUAAAACGAAACGAAAACGCAUGAAAAAAAGUUAAAAUAGUUUCAUAAUGCAAAAAAUAAAAUGAAAAAUAAAACUGUCUUAUAACAUGA